GAAUAAAGUUUAAACAAAGACUGACCUCAAACUUGCAAUGACACAAUUCCUCUUUAGCUAUUGUUCCUAUCCUUCCUACCUCAAGUGGAAUGUCGAAUAUGUCGGUCGGACCUGCUGGAAAAGCAGCCAUGGCAACGAAAACAGCCACACGUCCUUCUAACCAUGUCACCAGAAACAGUCAGGGGCCGCGAGACGCAAACGAAGGUUUUGAAAUUUACAUGCACGAGAAAGUGUACCAGGCAAGCGGCUGGCGGCAAACGGGCUAAUUGCACCUGCCUAGGGAAACGAUCAAAUUUCAGAAGGCAGGAUUGGUUAUCUCUGCAUGUUCAUACACCGAGAAUAAUAUAAUCAUAUGUGCAUAUACAAUUUGCAUGUACAGUUUGUCGCGCAAUACAAUUUGCUUGAUUCUGCUCUCGAGGAUCCCUCUUAUAUGGAGGCUGAGAGCAUCAUGAGCAAGUACAUCCAUGACAUUGUACGCGGAAUCGACAAAGAAAAUGAAAGAUUGAAAAAAAGUGUCCUGGAUUUUUAUGAAAAACUUCUGAUACCUGUUAAAGAAUUGAUCGUUCCAGACAAAUUGCGAGUAGAGACAAACAAAAGACUACAAUGUUGCUUUAAAGACAUCUACUGGAGUUUAAAAGUUCAUGUAAUGUUCUACCGCAGAAUUGAUAAUAAGCGAAUGAAGACUGAAGAUAAGGUGAGCAAUCUCGGUAUACCAUCACCAAGACAGACGAAACAGUUUCGAAACCAAGAAACUGCAGUCCACCCUAAAACCAAAUCCUCAAAAAAGAUAAGCAGCAUCGAAAGGAAGUCGCCGGAGAUAACUGACGACCUCAUCGAUAAGACCCUCAAAAAUGUGGGUUACUUGGGCGGUCUAACAGAUGAAGACAUGAUUGUAACAGAUGCACAGAUGAAGGACCUACCGAGCUGCGAUUUGUUUGAAAAACUCAUCGAUCCUGGAAGCAAACUCCUAGAAAUGUUCCGCGUCGUUGCAGCAUCACCAAAAGGUACUCCUCGAGAAAGAAGCAUCCAAACAGGAAGUAAGGAUCAUGCCGAUCGAGUACUACAGAUGGCUCGAAGCUUUCUACGAACACUUAAUGACAACAACACCUUCCUGCCAAAAGUUUUAGCAAAGGUGUCGCGAGAAGAAAAUUCUUGUAUCGGUGCUUCAAUAGCAGUAAGCCAUUUCUUAAGGCCCAUGUAUUUGUACAAUAGAGUCAUUAAUCACAAAAAGAGUCUCGGAGAGGCAAUUAUAAAAUUCCGUACCUUAAAUAUUUCCGAUGCGCGAAACUGGAAAUUUGAGGCAUUUGUUAGGAAAACCGUAGAAAUUCAAGAAAAUGAUGAAAAAAAAACCACCAAACAGCAUGUAGGCCCCAGAGACCUUUGUCAAAAUUGCAAAAUGAUUUUUCGUGGGGACAAGUCAGGAAAGGGAGGUCCCUCGUUUCUAGGUGCAUGUGCAGAGUAUUGUCCUGUUGACGAGCUUCUUCCCGAUGAAUCGAAGUUAAAAGACUCACGUAAUGACUCAGUGAUCGACCACCUUCUGACGAGAAACCUUUCUCGAUGCUCUAUUCUGUUUGAAGAGUUUGAAAAUAUUUACGAAAGAUGUAGAUAUGUUACAGUCUCGGAAAAUGAUAAAGAAACAGAGGCAAUAUACUGGGAGGUAAUACAUAAAUUAUACAUUUUUGGUCUAAAGCCAGAAUGUAAUCCUUACUUUUAACUUUCUUUCGGUCCUUUUGCUACGAGUAAUUAACAUCAUCAAAAUUUGUCAAAGCCUGUCAGUAAAAGGGGUCAUGAGCCGUUAAUUGUUUCAAAAACUGAAAUGUUUUCUUUUGAAUAAUGCAAGUAUAUCUGAUAAUCAAUCCGUCAUGCUUUAUAUCUUAUUCACUUGAAUGAACUGAGACUGUAAAAAGAUAAAAAUGUUUACAUGGGGGACUCAUAAAAAACGAUGCUUUAUGAAUCUUCCUGAGAGAUGGGUGUUCCACAAGAAAAUUGAUAAUUUUCCUUUGCAUUAAUGUCAACUUUCUGGUAUAGAAGAGAGCAAUAAAUUCUUUUUCAUCGUUAAAUUGGUAAAUCUUCGCUUGAUUAAUAUUUUGCUCUUCGUGUUCUCCCAUCUAUACGAGUUUUUUUGCCUUUUACGUUGUUGUUUCAGUUGUCACAUGUGCAAUAGUGAAGAUUGUGGAAAUAAUAAUAAUGAUACUAAUAAUAAGAAUAGGAUAACUAUAAUUUUUACUGCUGUUUAAGCUAUGGAACGCAUUCUUUUUCCGGGCUCUCUAACGUGAUAAAGCCUUUGGGAUUUUGGGAGAACUCUCGGAAAGCUCAUAAAUCACGAACCGAUGGCUAAGUAUCCGCUUGGAAAUUGAACUAACCAAUCAGAUGAUGCUUACUUUGUUCAUUGUGUUAUAAAUCUAAGUAGUGUCUAGAUUUACCUGUUGAAGUUACAAGAAAAAGAUCAGAAGAGAUUUGUUUUCAAUGUAAAGUCUCUCUUUUCAAACAUUCAUUAAAUUGCAAAGACUAUUGCAAAAUAUUAAAAUCAAAGAAGCUGGUGUUGAAUUCGGUUUAUGAGACUUUCUUUCUUAAGAGAAACCAUUUUCACGUGUAUAGGAAAGCUGAGAAGAUCACAAAAUGACACAACAAAAAGUUUUUCCGCUAGUCUAUUGAGGAAUUCAUAAAAGUGCUUCUAGAUUGCGGUGAUAGAUGCAACAGUCAACUGUAUUACCAAGGCACGUUGUUAUGAUCCUUAUACACUCUAUCACCUCUGUCAAUCUUCUAAAGUUGUAUCUUGUACUGAAAUCUGAACAGUAAAA